AUGGGGCCGAGGACUUCCAGUUGCUUUAAGAAUAUUACGCUGCUGUUGACCAUUACUCUGAGCUUCUUGGCGUUGAUCUUUGACUUGCCGCAAUUUUCGAUUGAGAUCUUCGAUCCUUUCUUCGAGAGCAGCGCGCUGAGCUUCGCUUUCGUGCUUUUGUUGAAGAGCACUGCGCUCUUGUCGUUCCCGAGCUUGUAUUUGCUCUGCAAGUUCCUUACGUGCUUCCUCAAGUCUCGAGGACAAAUUCGCAAUUUCCCCUGCCUGACGAGUCUCUCGUUCGUGAGCACGUUCGCGAAUAUUCUCGUCUACCACUCUCUUAGAUUCAACAGCAGUAUUGCCCAGAGAAGCAAGUUCCCCCUAUUGUAA